AUGCGGAGCUUGCGCCGACCUCCGCAGCCCCUGUCGCUGCUGCUGUCGCUGCUGCUGUCGCUGCUGCUGCUGUUGGCCGCCGCGGGACACGGCGCAGUCAUCACCGGGGCGUGCGACAGGGACCAGCAGUGCGGCGCGAGGAUGUGCUGCGCCGUGAGCCUCUGGAUCCGCAGCCUGCGGAUGUGCACGCCCAUGGGGAGCGCGGGAGAGGAGUGCCACCCCCUGAGCCACCGCGUGCCCUUCCCCGGGCGCAGGAUGCACCACACGUGCCCGUGCCGGCCCGGCCUGACCUGCACACGCAUCUCGUCAAGCAAAUUCAAGUGUUUACCCAACUUCAGAAAAGAAGAUGUCUUCUUUUAG